AGUCACAGAUUAGGCUUUUGUUUUUCCUUAAGUUGAAAUUCUAUUCGACAGCAAAAAAUGAAAAAUAAAAACAAAAUCAUUUAUCAGAAAUAAAAAGAAAGAAAAGUUUCACAGAAAUUUGAUUGUUUUUAUAGAUAAAUAAUUUAAGAGGACCCAAUUUCUCUCUUUACCGUGUGCCCUCGUGCUCAUUCAAUUGGUUGUGGAUGGCUGUUAAUGGAAGAUUCAGAAGAGGAUUUGCCCAAGUACGCUAAGAAAUCUACGAAAAGGAAGCAGAAUAGAAGAGAACGAGAAUAUGAAGCGUCCUCAUCUCCUGCCACAAAGAGAAAGCGUAGAAAGGCCCGAGUUGUUUCUCGGUUUUUUCAGAUACAACCCUCGAGUUCGGCGGCUGAGACAAAUAAACGGAAGAAAACAAAGAGUGUGAUCGAUGGGAAAGACGUGAAUUUUGUUACUGGAGAUGGGUUUUGUUCCGUCUUUGAUAACUCACAGGAGAAGAGGAUUAAUACUAAUGUUCUUUGCGGUGACUGGUGUGGAAAGAGAAGAGCGGAGCGGUCCAGACGGCGGAGAACCGCGGAGGAGACGGUGGUGAAGACGGAGAGUAAUUUCGGUGAUGCUCCAAGUCCUGAGGACGUCCUGUCUCAGUUAAUUUACCAGGGAAUUACUAAUCGGGAAAUUAAACCCUUGGAGAAGAAAGAGAAUGAGAAGAAAGCUUGUUUAGAAGAUUCUUUACCACCAAUUUAUGAAGGCUUGGGAGAAGAACAAGUUGGAAAUAGUUGUUUGAAAAUUGCAAGGGAAGUAGAAGUGAGAAAGGUUUCACCUUAUUUUAUGAAUGGCUGUAAAGCUUCAAAGUUGAAGGUGAAACGCAUAAAGGUUUCACCUUACUUUCAGAAGCCUGAUUCUUGUGAUUAUCAGAAGUUUGAUGAGGCUUAUGAAAGAAAAAGUUUGGAUAAUACUUGGAAGCCUCCUCGAUCGGAGCAUGGUCUUUUACAAGAGGAUCAUUAUCAUGAUCCUUGGAGGGUUUUGGUCAUAUGUAUGCUUCUCAACCGCACGUCUGGCACUCAGGCUAGAAGAGUAAUAUCAGAACUUUUCACUCUGUGUCCUGAUGCAAAGACUGCAACUGAGGUUGCCCCUGAGGAGAUUGAAAAGAUUAUACAAACUCUAGGUCUUCAAAAGAAGAGGGCACUGAUGAUACAACGAUUCUCACAGGAGUAUUUAUGGGAGGACUGGACACAUGUAACUCAGCUUCAUGGUAUUGGAAAGUAUGCAGCCGAUGCAUACGCAAUUUUCUGUACAGGGAAGUGGGAUCGGGUGAGACCUUCUGAUCACAUGUUAAAUUAUUACUGGGAAUUUCUUGAUAGUAUCAAAAGUUCGUUGUGAUAAUUGUUUCUUUCUUUGAACGGGUUCACCAAACUGUUGAUGAGAAACAUUUACGUAUUUAUCAGAUGAGUAAAGAGAAAAGAAUCUUGGGUUAGCACAUCUCUCCUAGUAUUCACAGUUGGUUUACUACAGGGAAGCCCUAUCUUUAAGCAUUUUAAAAUGGCUUCUAUUUGGCUAGUUCAAUCUGAGUUUGAAUUCGAGCUUGAGCAACGCAGAUCGAAUUCAAUCUUAGUGUUCAGGGGACCAGUUGAAGUGGCCUUGCAGACUUGCACAAGUAGAUCAAACUGCGACAGCCUUCUGAACAGUUCCGAUUGUUCUUGAUUCUCCUGAGCUUUGGCAAGGAUUGCAUUACAAGCUGCAGUAUGUAAUUUUAACAUCUCCGUGCAUUGUUCUUCUACCACUUUGCAUAUCUUCUCUUCCUGUAACUACUCUUCCCAAGCAACCCUCAAUUUGCACAUAUAACUUCUAAAUACCAUACCUCAUCAUUUUCACCA